CUGUUACAUGCCCUAACUUGAAGCAAGAAAACACACACAGACACAAUCGUUCUGAUCAAAGUUAUGUCAAGCACCAGCAGCACCUGCACAGAUGUAGCAGCGGCGGAAGCAGUUUCUGAGCAGCUUUGUUACAUCCAUUGCAACUUCUGCAAUAUUGUUCUUGCUGUGAGUGUACCAUGCAGCAGCUUGUAUGAUACAGUGACAGUGAGAUGUGGAAACUGCACAAAUAUGUGGCCAGUGAAUGUGGGCAUGGCUGCUGCUUUUCAUCAAUCUCUCUCAGCUGGUUCAACUUCCACUUUCCAAGACUCAUCUUCUUCUCAUCAUCAGGUAAUGACAUCCCCUCUCUAG